UGCCCGCUAUAUACACAUCCGUCAGCGCGGCCUCCUCCCAAGAUCCACAACAAGGCAACAGUUUCAGCUCCGCCGCGCCCAAACUUAUUCCUAUUCCAGGCCUCUGGCGCGUCAGCCUCGCUCGCUUUGUCGCUUGCUUUCUAUCAGCCAAUCAUCAAGCCGCCCCACCAUCGUUAUAAGACGGCCUCCUGGACGCCUGGCAAUCAUGGGAGACCGCAACCCCGAACAUGCGGUGCCCGCGCCAGCUGUUGCUUUGGAAGGGGAAUCUACGACUCGCUGCUCACCUGGCAAGCGAAAAAGGGCUGAUACAGCUCAGAGUGCGGGAACGAGCAUAGACGCUCUCAACUCAAACAUCGUUGCAGCAGGCAGCGAGACACAAUCUAACGGAUCAGCAACGCCACCGCCUAAGAAUGGCUCGAAAUGGGUGGAGUCGGAGGUGUCAGACGUCUCCAUGGGCGCUGACGGUGCGCAGUCCAGCGAUUCUGUAACACCACGUACAAGUGUAAAUGGUGGAGCGCAAGAGGCAGAGGUGCCGAAGAUCACCCCGAGCACGACAGAUGCAACCCCAGGCGUAUCAGUGACACCAUAUUCAAAUGCAGAAGAUAUAGGGAAAAGGAAGGAAAUGAACACUGCCGACGUACCGGCCAAAACGUCUUAUUUACCGACCGCCAGAAUGUCUCUCUGGGCAGGGCCCGUCUACAUUCACAUCGGUGACCAUGAGGCGAUCCCUGACCAUGCACCACCUGCAAUGCGGUUCCUGAAAUCCUACCUCCCGGUCGUCGAGGGGCCUCAGGCCGAAUCCCGCGCUGCACAUCACCACCCAACCGCCAUGCGGAAAGUCAACAACGAUCCACCGCAAGUCAUGAACAGUUCCACCCCUGCGUUACCGGUGCAGGGAACACUCCCCAUCCAAUAUGAAAGCAAGCUCUUCCGUGCAUGGGCUAUCCCCAAUACGGGCGAGCCGACGAUGGACGCUCCCAGACAGACUGUGCUUAUGGACUAGGGGACCUCCGCCUUCUUCCUGAACAGAGGUGUCGAGGGGGAUUUUGCCAAAGUAGGCGUACCCAAGUUCUCGAUUCUGACGCUGGAGACGGCACCUGAGGGACGCGGCAAACACGGGCUGUGGCUG